AUGGAUUCUCGCCAUGCAUCACUGGGUCGACGAACGCUGGAAGAAAUUCGACAAAAGAGAGCAGCAGAAAGAUUGAGCAAAGCAUCCUCGGGACCAGAUCUCACCAAAGCUCCAAUCCCAGAUGUUGUGGGAAUGAAAAAAUCAGAGAGCGGAAAUAGACUCUCGGAGAAUGAUAUCAGUGGAUUAGUAUCACAGUUAAAAGACAUGCAACAAAGGAAUGCGGAACUUGAAGAAGCGAAUAGGAACUUGAUCUCCACGCUUCAAACGAAAGAAAUUGAGAAUGACAUGCUGCAGAAGCGACUCAAUGAUCUGGAGCAGAACACUGUCCCAUCACUGAGAAAAGCUCUCAGAGAUAUUGCGAUGGAAAAAGAUGCCGCAGUUGUUGCACGGGAGGAUCUGUCAGCACAGCUUCGCACGUUAAAGAAAAGACUGAAAGAAGCAGAAGAAGAGCAGUACCGAGCUGAGCAGGAUGCGGCUGCAUUGAGAGCAGAAGUAAAUUCGUUACAACAGCAAUCAAUGAGUGGUCCUCUAGGCAGUGUCACUGCUACGGGAUAUUCACUUGAUCACAUUCAAGCCAUGGAAAAUGAACUGGCCAGUUUAAAGUCUCAGUUUGAGAAAGAGUCAAUGAUGAGGCAGCAAGAGCAGCAACAGUUAGCAGAGGAGCACCUGCGGAUAUCUGCCCUUGUUGUUCAAAAGCAGGAGCUGGAAGAAAAACUUGCAGUGAUGUCCAGAACGAGCUCAGAGGAAGUCACAGAAAAAGCAAAAACAUUUUCAGUGGAAGACAAGGAGAAACUCGAGAAGCAAUUGCAUGACAUGGCAGUAGCUAUUGAGAGAUUAGAAAGUAGCAGGCAAAAACUGAUGAUAGAGAUUGAUUCUCAGUCUUCAGAAAUAGAGAGGCUUUUUGAGGAGAAUUCUAGUCUCUCAAAUGCUUAUCAGGACUCAAUAGGAUUAGUGGCUCACUGGGAGAAUCAGGUGAAAGAUUGUCUGAAGCAAAAUGAGGAACUACGUGGUAUGUUAGAUAAGUUGCGUGCAGAACAAACAAGUUUACCGAUUCUGAAUGAUAGAAUUAUCCAGAAGGGACUUCUGGAAGCCAGGGAGGAAGGAGAGGGCUCCCAGUAUGCAUCUGAUUUUUUCGCCCUCAAGGGCCAACUUGCUAAAGAACAAAGCAGAGCCGAGGCACUGUCUGCGGAGGUCUUGCAGCUCUCAGCCCGCCUCCAACAAGCUACACAAGCAUAUAAUGGUCUUGCGCGCAUCUAUAAGCCUGUCCUGCGGAACAUAGAGAACAGUCUUAUAAAGAUGAAGCAAGAUGGCUCGGUGCCUGUACAAUAA